AUGUUAUCGCAGAAGCUCGUUUUGAAACUAUUUCGCAAAGGUCUACCAAAAUAUGGGCAUUUACCAAAAGCAUGUAGCCUUGACACCGGAGAAAAAGGUGAAUUCUCGACAACUGUCAUCCUUAAUCGAUCAACGGACAAGAAGUCGGGAACUCCUGAUGGAUCCACCAAAGGAGUUACAUCAAAGCCUACUGUGCCUGCGUCAAAUUCGGAAAACUUCCGUCUUCCUACAACGAUGAAACCAUGUGCCGCAUCUUUAGGGAAUGUUCUUGGAGUCUAA